CGGAUCUUCUCUUUCUUCUGCUCGCGCAGCAAGCACCAUGCCCCACCCCACCACGCUCAAGACGUAUGGCGCGCGCGCGGCCGCGCACCCGAACGCGACGGCGCGCCGCCUCCUCGAGACGAUGGAGCGCAAGAAGACCAACCUCUGCGUCUCGGUCGACGUGACCAAGUCUGCGGACGUGCUCGAGGUCGUCCGCCGCGUCGCCCCCGCCGUCUGCAUGGUCAAGACGCACAUCGACAUCAUCGAGGACUUUACGCCUGCGCUGACCGCCGAGCUCGCGCGCCUCGCGGACGAGAACGACUUCGUCAUCUUCGAAGACCGCAAGUUCGCCGAUAUCGGCAACACCGUCAGCCUGCAGUACUCGAGCGGCGUGCACCGCAUCGCCGAGUGGAGCCACAUGACGAACGCACACCCCCUCCCCGGCCCGGGGAUUAUCACGGGCCUCGGCGUCGUCGGCAAGCCUCUCGGCCGCGCCCUCCUCCUCCUCGCUGAGAUGAGCAGCGCAGGAAACCUCGCUACGGGCGAGUACACGCGCACUGCGGUGCGCAUGGCGCGCGAGGCCGGGCGUGAUUGGGUCGUUGGGUUUAUUGCCAUGGGCCGUGUCGACGAGGGCGGAGACGCAGACGAGGACUUCCUCGUGUUGACCCCUGGCGUCGGGCUCGUCGCUAAGGGCGACAAGCUCGGCCAGCAGUACAGGACACCCCGCGAGGUUGUUUACGACUCGGGCUGCGACGUGAUCAUCGUCGGACGCGGCAUCUAUGGCGUGCAAGGCGGCGCGGAAGCUGUCCUCGCCGAGGCGGAGAAGUACCGCGCUGAGGGGUGGAAGGCGUACGAGGAGCGCCUGAGUAAGGCAUAGAGGAGCAAAACUAUUGUCACAGUCUAGUGUUACAUGCAUACGAGCCCCGGGUUGUUGGACAUCUCCUAUGCUGUGACGUGGGCCCCUCACCGAGGAUGCCCCCCAUAUACAUUAUGUACGCGUAGAUCCCUCGCCAGCCGUCAUUAGGUGGCAGUUGACACCAUGACUAGUCCGAGUCAACCUCAAUGUAAUCGUCGUCAUCGUAGUCUUCUCCGAACAUGAAGUCGUCCUCAU